AUGUGCCAGCCCUCCCUAGGGAUCCUCUACUGCCAGCUCUCCUGGCCCAAGGCCUGGUUUCUCGUGGUGCUGGGGGACCUGGAGAACUUCAGCCCCCCUGAUGGCCAGAUGGGGUCUCUGAGGUCGUGGCUGUUGUCGUGGGAUCAUAGCAAGCCCACAGCACCCAAAAGGGAAUCUCUUCUCCCCGUCAGCAGCACCUCCAAAGAGAAUGGGGUUUGUGAAGAGCAAGAUGAUCAGGACCUAUUUGCUGAUGCCACUGUAGAGCUGUCUCUGGACAAUGCUCAAAACAACCAGAAGAAGGAGCUGCCCAAAGCAUCCAACCCUGCCCCCUCCUUAGAAGUAGCUGCAAGUUCUUCUAGUGACCCUCCAAAGAGCUAUGAGGAGCUGGAAGAGGAGGAACAGGAGGACAAAUUUGAGCUGAAUGUAGGAGUGAGUGACCCAGAAAAAGUUGGGGAUGGCAUGAACGCCUACGUAGCCUACAAAGUGUCAACCCAGACCAGCAUGCCCAUGUUCAGGAGCAAGCAGUUUUCAGUGAAAAGGAGGUUCAGUGACUUCCUGGGUCUCUAUGAGAAGCUGUCGGAGAAACAUGCCCAGAACGGGUUCAUCGUUCCUCCACCGCCUGAGAAGAGUCUCAUAGGAAUGACCAAAGUGAAAGUUGGGAAAGAAGACUCCUCCUCUGCAGAGUUCCUGGAGAAGAGACGGGCUGCUCUGGAGAGGUACCUCCGGAGGGUUGUCAGCCACCCCACGAUGCUGCAGGACCCCGACGUCAGGGAGUUCUUGGAAAAGGAGGAGCUACCAAGGGCAGUGAGCACCCAGACCCUGAGUGGAGCAGGAAUACUGAAGAUGUUCAACAAAGCUACAGAUGCUGUCAGCAAAAUGACCAUCAAGAUGAACGAGUCAGACAUAUGGUUUGAGGAGAAGCUGCAGGAGGUGGAGUGUGAGGACCAGCGGCUGCGGAAGCUGCACGCCGUGGUGGAGGUGCUGGUGACCCACAGGAAAGAGCUGGCCUUGAACACAGCCCAGUUUGCAAAGAGCCUGGCCAUGCUGGGGAGCUCAGAGGACAACACAGCCCUGUCCCGGGCUCUGUCCCAGCUGGCUGAGGUGGAAGAGAAGAUCGAGCAGCUGCACCAGGAACAGGCUAACAAUGACUUCUUCCUCCUGGCUGAGCUCCUGGGAGACUACAUCCGCCUCCUCUCAGUUGUAAGGGGAGCCUUUGACCAGCGCAUGAAGACCUGGCAGCGGUGGCAGGAUGCCCAGGCCAUGCUGCAGAAGAAGAGGGAGAUGGAGGCCAGACUGCUGUGGGCCAACAAGCCUGACAAGCUGCAGCAGGCCAAGGAAGAGAUCUCGGAGUGGGAGGCGCGCGUGACGCAGUACGAGCGGGACUUCGAGCGGAUUUCUGCCGUCAUCCGCAAGGAGGUGACACGGUUUGAGAGAGAGAAAUCCAAGGACUUCAGACACCACGUCACCAAGUACCUGGAGACGUUACUAAACUCUCAGCAGCAGCUGGUGAAGUACUGGGAAGAGCUGCCGCAGGACGUGCUGGACUUCCUGAAGCUGCGCCGAGGCCAGGACCCCCCUCCCAGCUGCCCCCCCCCCUGCCACCCCCCCUCCCAGCGCCCCGUCCUGGGCUUCUGCGCUGACCCCUACGCGCAGCCCCCGGCCCUCGAGCUGCUCCCCAACACGGUGCUCAGGGGGGUGCUGCAGGGCCUCUACCUGCCCCCCAGCCCAGCAGCACCCCAAGCCCCCGGCCUGCCUGGCUCCUGA